GUGUAUGAAGCCGCCUUCGAUUAAAGUUUUUUUAAAAGUACAGGUGUGGUGACAGAUGGGUGACAGCUUGGAUUGGAAUUGGUUGGUAAUUUGCAACUGCAACUGUGCUCAUGAAUCUGAAUCAGAAGAAGGAAGUGCAUAAAUAAAUGAUUUGAUUUUGUUAUUCAAUUAAAUAUAUUUAUCUGACUUGGAAUAAAAAAUCAAAGAAGAUAAAGGAUACAUCAUAGUUCCGUGUACAUCAUUUUUAUCAAAAUGAGUUUCCUUUUUGGAAGCCGGUCGAACAAGACCUUUAAACCCAAAAAGAACAUUCCGGAAGGCACACAUCAGUAUGACCUGAUGCGGCAUGCGGCCGCUACGCUGGGCUCCGGCAACCUGCGGCUGGCCGUGAUGCUGCCGGAGGGGGAGGACCUCAACGAGUGGGUGGCCGUCAACACGGUGGACUUCUUUAAUCAGAUCAACAUGCUGUAUGGCACAAUCACUGAGUUCUGCACGGAGGAGUCCUGUGCGGUGAUGUCUGCGGGGCCCAAAUACGAGUACCACUGGGCAGACGGCCACACUGUAAAGAAGCCAAUCAAGUGCUCUGCGCCCAAGUACAUUGACUACUUAAUGACCUGGGCGCAAGAUCAACUUGACGAUGAGACGCUCUUCCCCUCUAAAAUAGGUGUACCAUUCCCCAAAAACUUCCUGUCCAUGGCGAAGACGAUCCUGAAGCGCCUGUUCCGCGUGUACGCGCACAUCUACCACCAGCACUUCCCGCAGGUGGUUCAGCUCGGCGAGGAGGCCCACCUCAACACCUCCUUCAAGCACUUCAUCUUCUUCGUCCAGGAGUUCAGCCUGAUCGAGCGGCGCGAGCUGGCGCCGCUGCACGAGCUCAUCGAGAAGCUCACGGCCAAGGAGGCGCGAUGAUGUUCACACCGACACACUGCCUUAACAACUUUUUGUGUCAUUUUGUGUUCCAACUUAACUCCACUAACAGCGGCAAACUUUACUCAUACAGGGUGGCUUUCUUAAACAACACUCACUCUGAGCAAGUUUUCUCCAUAAAUUUGAUGAAUCUUAAAUAAAUAAACAUAUAUUUUGCUAUCAUAUAUAAACUAGCUGCCAACAAAUAGGUUUGGUGAUGACCAUAGCGUACAUUCCAGAACCAACGAGUGAGUGCCAACAGUUGGCCGCAGUGUGUACGCAGGUUUCAAAGAUCAGCUGGUGGCACUUUAUAUGGAAAGCUAGAACUUUAAAUUUCUAUUGGAAAUUAGUCCCAAUGUACUAAAGUUAUUAUAAAAUUUGGACAGUGUUUUAAAAGCCACCGUGUAUAAGUUAAAUAAAUACUAAAAAUGAUCUGUCAUGAGAAGGUAUCGAUAAAUGGAUUGGAAGAUCAGACAGCUUCCAAAUGAAAUGUGAAGAGUAAGUUAGACCAGUGAUUAUAGAUCACAUUCUGUCAUUGCUUCAUGUAACUGUCCUCUGUGAUGCAAAACCAUUUGGUUUCUCCAUUAGGACAGUAACCAGAGGUAUUUGUAUAAGAUAUACAUUUGUAUUUACUAUUUCCAUAUUUAUUAAGUGACUUAAAUAAGAAGACGGGCGACAUGACGCACAAUAUAUAAUAACAUAUAGGCCGUGCAAACCAAAGAAGGUAAUACGGUAGAACAUUAUGGACCUUCUAUACAAAUCAAAGAACAGACGUUAUUUACAUUUGCUAGUUUAGUGUCUUUGACUAAAUGUUCCUCUAAUAUUAAACACUUUUUUGUAAAUAAUAACCAGAAUUGCUAUAUUUAAUAUACACAAAAUUCUGCUGUAAGCAUUCUUGUCAAAUGCAAUUACCAAAAGAUCUCUUGAGAGUGAUACCGACACGUCGCCCGUCAGCGCGUGCGCCGCGGGGAGUGGAGAUGACUGCCUUCCUAUGAUAAUAAACACAGAUGCGAUAUAUCAUUGGAUCGACUAUAUUUCUAACAGAGUAUUGUACAUUGCUGAUUUACUCAUAGAACGUACAUUAGGUACUAUCGAUAAGAUUUUUGCAUUUUAUUACCAAAUGGCAGAUACGCAUUUUAUAUAGGGCGUGUAUUUAUUUUUCCAAAAAAAUAAAUAAAUACGAUAGUGUCGAUUGUAACAUAAUAUAACUUAUUCGGCGUGGCCUACGUAAAUUUAAAAUUAAGUUGAAAUUAUAAAAAAUAUUGGUAUGACAUUGCUAGCUCGUAGGAAGCCCGCCAACCGAAUCUUAUGAAGUGCUAUUUUGAUAAUAUUAAUUUAUUCUUGCAAAUAACAUUUUGGUCCGAGUUCCCUUAGUUUCGAUCUCAAAUGUGUGAUAGAAUAAUUUCGAAGGAGUGAUUUGUGGGAAAGAAUAAAAUCUAAAUUAAUACAAAUAUUCAUGAUAAAACAUUGGAAAUAAAAAUGAAAUAUUGUAUUGAAUUAAAUUUGAAUAACAAACACCACUCCGAAACAUCUCGAACCAAAAUGUAUUUAUAGUUAAGGUUUGUUUAGAACAAUUGUACUUUUCUUUAUUUAUAAUUAAUUAUUAUUUUGUGAAAUAAUUGUAUUCGAAUUUUUGUAAUGCACUACGUAGUAAAGUAAGCGUUUGUAAAAUAUAUUCGCGCAUUUAAUUAGGAAAUUUAACUGGAACAUGUUUGUGUAAUGACUGUAGCUGAUAAAGCGCCUCAAUGACUUUGUAGCUGGUGAAGCGCCUCAAUAGGUUCCUGUCAAUGCCUGUCCUAUGGCAGCCAGAUGGGAUGACAUCUUCACAAAAUUUCGAUCUCUAUUUUGGGAUUAAAGUCCAUCGUCUAGUUCAACUUCGGUAGCGGCUUUUACACUUUGUAGGCGGUGUCUGUUGUUUUCAAACUAUUGCUUAAGUGGACGCGUUACCUCUUCAGCUUAUAGAUCGAAUCACCAAACAAAGUAGUACGGAAUAGCGCGUUUAGCAUUGUAAAAAGCAAUCUCCUGUAUUAUGAAGGCCUUUUUACAUAUUAGAGAUUAUUUUGACAUGUCAAAUGGAAAGACUGGCCUUGUGUCUAACGAAUGAGGUGACGAGAGGAUUUUAUAUUAAUAAAAACGAAUAAUAAAUUG